AUGUCCAUGGUCGCGAACCUCGUCGGCGCGAUCGGCUGCAUCCUCGGGAACAAGCACAUCAUGUCGACGCACGCGCGCAUGCCGCUGACGCUGACGUUCCUGGGCUACGGCUUCGUCAUCCUCUACUUCGUCGUCGCGAACCGCCUGCGGCCCGGCCGGCGGCCGCGGGCGCAGGUCGACGUCGAGAGCGGCGAGCGGAACCGCGCGGGCCCGUCGCGGCGGCAGGUCGUCACGCUCGUGCUCCUCACGGCGACGGCGCCGUCCCUCGCGAACGCGCGCCUCCGCGCCUCGCUCCUGUUCAACUCCGUCGGCUUCACGCAGCUCAGCAAGGUGCUGACGACGCCCCUCAUCGCCAUCAUCGAGACGUCGCGGGGCUCCGCGGCGCCGCUGAACGUCCCGCGCAUCGUCUGCCUCGUGCUCAUCCACGCGGGCGUCUUCGUCGCGAGCGUGUCGGACGUCACGCUGAACAGGAUCGGCUGCUUCGUCGCCUUCGCCAACGUCGUCGUCACGGCGCGCUACAAGACGGAGUGGUCCGCGGCGUCGCGCGCCGCCAUCGCCGCGCGGCGCAAGGCCGCGGCCGCGGACGCGGGCGGCGGCCGGACGGACGCCGCGGAGGCGCGCGACGAGCAGGCGGCGGUCCGCGAGCUCGUCGAGGCGACGCUGCCCGCGGCGGCCCUGGCGCUCCUGCCGGCCAUGGCCUACUUCGAGGGCGGCGUCUUGCUGAACUGCUGGCGGACGAUGGACGCGGCGGCGUACGCGCGCCUCGGCGUCGUCGCGGUCCUCGGCGCGUGGACGAGCUCCACGGGCUACAUGGUCAUCGGCCGCCUCAGCGCGCUGACGCACCAGAUCCUCGGCCAGUUCAAGAUGUGCUGCCUCCUCUUCGGCUCCUACGCGUUUUUGGGCGCGGACCUCAACGGCCGCCAGCUCUCCGGCGCGUCGCUCACGAUGGCCGCGGUGCUCCUCUACACGCGCGCGACGAUCAAGCAGCGCGCCGCGCCGCCGCCCAAGGCGAAGCGCCGCGAGGAGGACGCGCCCCUCCUCGCCGACGACGACGACCGCGGCGCGGGGCUGUCGCCCGCGCGCAUCCGCCGCGCGUCGUCGCUCCGCCGCUCGAAGCCGUUCGUCGCGUGA